AGCGUCGCCGGCGCGCAGCACGGGGAGUUCGGACACGGCGCCGGCUCACACGGGUUCUCCUCAGCCUCCCCUCAGAAUUGUGGUGUUGUUUUUUUAAGCCCCUCACUUCCGGUUGUUUUCUUGCCCGCUUCCGGGUGACUUGGGCUCGGCUUCCGGUGGCGUUUCCCAGGAGCGGCGCGGGGCGGGUGGCGAUGCUGUCAGCGGCGGCGCCCGGGGCUGGCGGCUCGGAGCGGCCCGGCGGCCGGUUCAGCGUGCUGAGCUGGGAGCAGGUGCAGCGGCUGGACCAGAUCCUGGGCGAGGCUGUGCCCAUCCACGGCCGGGGCAACUUCCCCACCCUGUCCGUGCGGCCCCGCAGGAUCGUGCAGGUGGUCCGCAGCCGUCUGGAAAAGAAGGGAAUUGCAGUCCAUAAUGUCAGGUUGAAUGGCUCAGCAGCUAGCCAUGUCCUACAUCAAGAUAGUGGCCUAGGGUACAAAGACUUGGACCUCAUUUUUUGUGUGGAUCUGAAGAGUGAGGAUUCUUUCCAGCUAGUUAAAGAUGUGGUCAUGGACUGUCUCCUGGACUUCCUCCCAGAAGGCGUAAACAAAGACAAGAUCACCCCCAUGACUCUGAAGGAGGCAUAUGUGCAGAAACUAGUGAAAGUAUGUAAUGAAACAGACCGCUGGAGCCUUAUAUCACUGUCUAAUAACAGUGGGAAAAAUGUGGAACUCAAAUUUGUGGACUCUCUCAGACGGCAGUUUGAGUUCAGCGUGGACUCCUUCCAGAUCAUAUUGGAUUCACUGUUACUAUUCAGAGAGUGUUCAGAGAACCCCAUGUCUGAGAACUUCCACCCCACAGUCACUGGGGAAAGCAUGUAUGGGGACUUUGGGGAAGCGAUGGACCAUCUCAGGAGCCGAAUCAUCGCCACCAGGAACCCAGAAGAAAUUAGAGGUGGUGGGCUUCUGAAGUACUGCAAUCUCCUGGUGAGGGGGUUUAAGCCCAAGUCGGAAGUAGAUAUGAAGGCGCUACAGAGAUACAUGUGCUCUAGGUUUUUCAUAGACUUUUCUGACAUUGGAGAACAGCAGCGGAAGCUCGAGUGUUACCUUCAGAGUCACUUUGUUGGGAUGGAGAGCAAAAGGUAUGACUGCCUAAUGACCCUGCACCGGGUGGUGAAUGAAAGUACAGUGUGCCUGAUGGGACAUGAAAGGAGGCAAACUCUGAACCUCAUUGCCAUGCUGGCUGUGAGAGUGCUGGCUGAGCAGAACAUCAUCCCGACAGUAACCAAUGUGACCUGCUACUAUCAGCCAGCACCCUACGUCAGUGAAAUAAACUUCAACUACUACGUCACCCAUGUGCAACCCCUUCGGCCUUGCAGUCACUCCUACCCAACAUGGCUUCCUUGUAACUGAGCAUGGACAGCACUCUCCAGGAUCUGUAUUCCAGGGUGCUCCCUGGCCUUGGCAGCCUUCUGGAAGAACUGUGACAAAAGGCAAUAUACUGGACUCUUUCUCGAGAGUUUCUUGUUCCCAAGUUUGUUUGGAACUAGCUGUGUCUGCUGUACGCUGUGGAGAUUGGAUGUGCAGUGUUAUUGGAAACUGUAGAUGAUCCGAAAUGUUUACAGGAAGACUUAUGAAUUAUGUAGGCAACAGGGGAGUUAGGGGGUUUGUAGGGUUAGACUAAAGGUAGAGCUGCACUGCCCUGAAAUGCAAAUCAGUCUGAAUUUCCUUUUGGGUGCAGGAGGUGUUAAGGUUUGUGCAGACUCAUGGUUUCUGAAGAUAGAAGCCAGGGUGGCUGAUUCCUUUGAAGGACCAAAGAAUCCUGUUCUUAAGUGCCUGUAACAAUAUAAACACAAUUGUACUGUAAA